CCGGUGGUCCCUCCCGGAAGUGACCUUGGGCGCCCCGGAAGCUGAGCCGCUAGACUCAGCUGGCCUCGGGCGCUCUCCCCGGCGGGGCGGCCGCACUCGAGUCGGACGUUAGGGACCCGCCGGACCCCAGGAGCAUCCAUGGAGCCCGGCCAGCCGGUGGGGGCGCGGUUGACCCCCCAGCUGCUGAAGGCGCGCUCUGGGGAGUUCGCGCUGGACUCCAUCCUGCUGCUCAAGCUUCGGGGCCUGGGGCUGGCGGACCUGGGCUGCCUGGGCGAGUGCCUGGGCCUGGAGUGGCUGGACGUGUCCGGCAACAAGCUCACCCACCUGGGCCCCCUGGCCGGCCUGCGCCAGCUCGCGGUGCUCAACGUGGCCGGCAACCGGCUGGCCAGCCUGGAGCCACUGGCCGCCUGCGAGCGCCUGCAGAGCCUCAACGCGGCGGGCAACCUGCUGGCCAGCCCCCGGCAGCUGCAGUGCCUGAGCGGCCUGCAGGCCCUGGAGCAGCUGCGGCUGCGGGACCCCCUGGCCCGGCUCAGCAACCCGCUGUGCGCCGGCCCCGACUACCGUGCGGCCGUGCUGGGCCUGCUGCCCCGGCUCAGGGCGCUGGACGGCCAGCGGGUGGGCAUCCGCGGGGGCGACCUGGACCAGCUGUGCCGGGACCUGGACGGACCCCCGGAGCCCCACGCCACCCCCACCCUGCCCCCCCCUGCCCGGCCCUGGGUGCCGUCUGGCUACUGGGAGCCGGCCGGGCCUGAGUCCCGCACAGGCUCCAUCCUGGACGAGGCCUGUCGCCAGUUCCAGGACUCGCUGCGGGAGUGCCGGGAGCUGGACCUGCGGGCAGGGGACAGCCUGGCCCGGGCUCAGCGUGCCCUCGGCCCCGCCCUUGCCCCUGCCGCCCCUGGUACCUUCUGAAGACCGGCGGGCAGCUGUGCCUCUGGCCGCUCGAUUGACCAGCGCUGAGAAAGGCCUCCACCCCGAACAUGGGCAGCAUGUAGUAGGUGGUGGUGGCCCAGGGCCGUUUGCCAUCUGCUGUGACCUCACCCCCGGGCCCCAGUUUGUGUCCCACGCCUGCAGGAGCCCCCAUUAAAUGCCUGUUCAUUCCCA